CGAGCAACAGAUCCAAGCGCAUGCGCAAUUCAUUGUUUUGACUGAAAAUGCCGUCGGUUUCGAAAACGGCGGCCAAUGCGUCUCCUCAAACCGAGAAACCUACCCACUAUACAUACUUGAAGGAGUUCAGGACAGAGCAGUGCCCGUUGUUCCUUCAGCACAAGUGUACGCAGCACAGACCCUUUACGUGUUUUCACUGGCAUUUUCUCAACCAGCGGAGAAGAAGACCUAUCAGAAGAAGAGACGGAACUUUUAACUACAGCCCUGAUGUGUACUGCACCAAAUACGACGAGACCACAGGCAUCUGCCCGGAUGGAGAUGACUGUCCUUAUUUGCACCGGACCACGGGCGACACAGAGCGAAAGUACCAUCUACGCUAUUACAAGACUGGCACUUGUAUCCAUGAAACAGACGCUCGAGGGCAUUGUGUGAAGAAUGGCCUCCACUGUGCUUUCGCUCACGGGCCACAUGAUCUCCGACCUCCAGUCUAUGAUAUCAGAGAGAUUCAAGCACAAGAAGCCCUUCAGAAUGGACAGCUGGGAUCUGGGGAAGGUAUCCCUGACCUGCAGCCGGGAGUGUUAGCCAGCCAAGCUAUGAUCGAGAAAACCCUGACAGAAGACCCCCGCUGGCAAGAUACCAACUUUGUUUUAGCCAACUACAAAACAGAUCAGUGUACAAAGCCCCCCCGACUAUGCAGGCAGGGCUACGCUUGCCCCCACUACCACAACAGUAGAGAUCGAAGACGAAAUCCAAGAAAGUUCAAAUAUAGGUCAACCCCCUGCCCCAAUGUGAAGCACGGGGAUGAAUGGGGUGAGCCCUCCAAAUGUGACAGUGGAGACAGCUGCCAGUACUGCCACUCUCGCACUGAACAGCAGUUCCACCCAGAGAUCUACAAAUCAACCAAAUGCAAUGACAUGCGACAGACUGGAUACUGCCCCAGAGGACCGUUUUGUGCGUUUGCACACGUAGAAAGAAUGCCCUCCACAGAGGAGACCAUGAGCUCCCUGCUGACAGUGAUGCAGUCCAGUUCUCAGUCCCAGCUCAGCUCCCAGUACUCGGAGUGUCCCACCAGCGAGUGGAACAGCGGAGGCAGCGCAACCAGCAGCAAUGGACAAGUUUCAUGUUCUAAUAGCUCAACGGUAACUCCAAGUUCAGGAAGCGACAGUUUGUUAUCCCCAGUGGGAUCCAGCAGCAGGCCCAAACCCUUUACUAAGAGUAGUUUAUGUUCAGAGUCCACCUCAUCCAGUGUCUCAUCUCUGCGGUCUAACUAUCCCAAAGCUCCGGGCUCUGAACGAGAGGAUCAGAUGAAGAACAAGGGGCAGAUGGAUCAGAAAAUGAUGGACCAAGAAAAACAGACACAAAACUCUGUAUUCUCUGCUGUGAACCCUUUGGCAACAAGCUUCACCUCCAGUAUAACGUCCAGCUUGGCCUCCAGCAUCGGCUCGGAUAGUUCUUCACCCACCACCUUAUCAACCAUGAAUGCAAAAGCCACUCCCUUCUAUCCGGGGAGCAACACCGUGGAGUCGGUCAUAGGGUCCGCGCUGGACCUCAACUUCUGCGAUAUAAAUGUGGCUUCUCUGGAUAAGGAGCUGGAGGAGCAGGACAACAGUAUGGGAUUUGCAAGACAGAGGAUGCUGGGUGGCUCCGCCCCCGUGAACAUUCCCGGCUCGCUGGCCCGGUCUUCGUCCUUUAACUCGUCCUCCUCACUCUCCACCUCCCCGCUCAGCUCCCUGUCUCAGUCUCUGUCGCAGUCCCUGCUCGCUGCCACCAUAUCGCAGCACAAUCACCCUUCAAACAUGUUGUCCAAGCAGGAGCACGGCCUGCUGGGAACUCCCACCUCCUCUUCCCAGAAUUCUUUAGGUUUGAACGGCGGGGCCAGCAGCAUCUGGGACUUUGUGAGUGGCAGCUUUUCCCCGAGCCCAUCUCCAGUUUUCAGCAGCCUGACCUCCAGCGGCAGCAGUGCGGAUCUGGCUCGGCUUUUCAGAGAUCUGGACGAGGCCAAGAGGAAGAUCAAGCAGUGGGAGGAGGCCUGGCAUCAGGUUAAACAAGCCUGUGAAGCCUGCCAGAAAGACGCUCUGGAAGAAGAACAAGCAAAGACGGCCGAGGCAGAGCGGCAGCUGGCCGAACAGAAGUGGGAGGAGACGCAGCGCAACCUCAAGGAGCUCCAAGGGGACUAUGACGCUCUGUGUCGCACCCCGGGAACGCCGCUUCUACGUAGCUAUGGAGAUCUGGACGAGCUCCCCUUGUCAAAGCUCCACUCGCUCCAGAGUCAGCUGCGUAAUGACCUAGACCUUAUAGACGGGGUAAUAUAUCAGCUUCAGUCAAAGAAAUGUAUAGUUUGCCAAAAGCAUGAUCGUUGCAUUGUCCUGCAGCCUUGCCAACAUUAUGUACUAUGUGAGAACUGUGUGCUUAGUAAAGCAGAAUGUCCCUACUGUAGAACAAAAAUACUCAAAUGGUGAUGUACAACUAGUCGAGGUACUAUUUAAACACAAGCCCUUUGAAAAACUGCUAAUAGAUAUGACCAUUUUUCUAAAUAGCAAUGUGUAUUUCUGAAUCCAUUUAGAAUACAUGAUGUUUGACUGACAAACAAAUAGUAUUAUGAAUCAGAUUGUGUACAGGGGUUAAAUCAUUUAUAGUUUUUGCUCAUUUUAUGUGCACAUUACCUUGUUCAGCCGGAUGCAAUCAAAUUAGAAUAUAAAAUGACAUCGCAAUGCAAUUUCUCUGAUCUUAAAUCAUGAUUUUGACACUAAAAGACAUCCAUCUUGUGUCCAGAUGCAUGUUGUUUACAUACACAAUAUGCAGGAAUGCUUUUCCCCUAACAAAAUAUGCAAACCUGACAGCAAAUACUUUAAACAGAUUUUAAAAAUGGGACCACUAAAGUUGCUUAAAAUCUGUAUUCUUUAAUACAUAAAUGAGUUGUAUUUCUAUCCUCGUGUUUUACUGUUGGUUGAUUGGAAAUACUUCACUGCACUUUGAAUUAUUGUGGAUAAAUCUCUGAUCUAAUGCACUUAAAGUCCAUCCAGUUUCAGAAAUACUGUGGAAAUGUAACAAAUAUACUUAAAACCUGUUGACUUAAGACACAUCACAUUCUUGUUUUGGAAGAAAAUAAAUACUUUAAAACGUACUCACUGUAACUGUAUAAUCGUAUAGAUAGUGAAACGUUUGGAAAAAAGCAUUUCUCGUACUGUAAGGUCUUUUUUCAAUCAUUCUGGUGGUGGGCGAUAGUUUGAUCAAAAGGAAUCCCUCAGUAAAUAAACGUAAAGCCAUUGUUGAUAGCGUACCAGUGCCAUAGGUUUUUCAGGUUUCCAAAAUGCAGAGGAAUUCCAACGUGCUGCCAGGGAGAGAUCGGUGAUGUUAAACAUAAAAUGGGCAAAACUCCAAGCAGUUUUUUCUUUAAUUAAAGAGGAAGACACAUACGACAUCAAAGCACAAGAGCUCAGAAGCAAAUCAAGACACAAGAUAUCAAAAAACCUAAGAAUUUCUUCUGAUGAAAAAAGAAGUGCACUCAUACCAUUAACACCACAUGGAGCUACAGAAACUGACGUGUAGUAAAAUGUAUCUGAUCAUAUUAGGAGCUCUUAGCAAUUAAAACAUAAUAUUUGUACUAUUGCUUUUAAUACUAAGGGACGUUACUGAUGGAAAAAAAGCAACAUUUGAUCAAUUUUCCAACAAUGAAAGCUGUAUUUGCAGAUUUAAAAAACAUACAUCACAUCCAAUAGCUGUCUGUCUGUAAAUCAGACGUUAGCAUGAAUGCUAACACCCUGCCGUGUUCCUCUUUAAGUAAAGCCACAUUUUUAUUAACAUUCUUUUUUGAAUCAACCCAGUCAAGCAUCAUUACUUUGACCAACUCGAGAAGUUUGAUUUCUUCUAAAAGCACUUUGUUACCUGGGACUUUAUUAAAAGGGUAUAUAUAGAAUUUAGCUUUAAGCUGCUUUGUAGGUAUCCUUUUUUCUUUCCUUUUUUUAGAUUUAUAAUUGUGUGUUUUUUCUAUAUAAGCUAAUGUCUUCAGCUUCUGUGUGUACUGUGAAACAUCAUUUAGAUAUUUCAUGUUUCCUAUUGUUAAAUCAUGGCAUGAUUCAACAUAAUAUUAAGAUUUCAUAGAAAAGUAAUAGUUUCUACUUUCAUAGUUAGAUUUAUAGAAAAGAAAUCAAUCAAAUAAGUGCAAAUUUAACGUGCAUUUAAGGCAUAACCAGCAGCUGUAAUAUCAGUAAGGCACAUGCUUCAUGUUAAGGCUGUUAUUCAAUCAGUUCCUUUGUUUUGUAGACAUUUCUAUAGGCUAGCCUGUUUAGAGAAGCAUGUAUUGUAUUUGCUAAAAGCCUGAGACGGUGAUUUAUGUAGGAAUCUAGCCUCUUGACUUAGAACAUAUCGGCCUCUAACUCUAAAGUGCCUUCAGUGAAAAAGGUUAUGUGUAGAAUUGUCACAAGUAUUUAAAGCUUGUGUAUACCGUGUUUAACUUUGCAGAAGCAUCGACAUGCGUUUAUAUGUGUAAGUAUAAAUAUAUGCCAGUGUAUUUGGCCCAAUCCCAUUAAGUAUUUCCGAUAAAGGUCCUGACUUUAGAGACGAUCCUCCCCGCCACACACUCAUUCCUCGGUCGUGGUGCUCUUUCGGUGCAGCUGCAGUCCUUGAAAUUAGGUUUUUCAAAUUCAACGCUUGGGAGUAUGCAAACAGGCGAGAUGUAUUUGUAUAGCAACAUAUUAAUAAAUGUUUUAAUUGUAAUACUUUUGCCGUGAAUAGAGAACUCUGUGGGUAAAGUGUUGGAUAGGCUCCUCUAUUUGAAAUGACCUUCUACUGUGUUUAAGAAAAAGAUGCUUAUUAUUCAAUAUAGAAAAUCAUGUACAUCUCCAGGUACAGCUUUUUGCUACGUCUUAAAAUGGGAAAAGGAAUUGUUUACAUUCACAUAAAUGACAAUUAACUCAAAAGGAGAGCAUUUUAAUGAUGACAUUAGAUUGCAUUAAAGGCAGGCUAAUCAUUUCUAGUAUUGCAUGUUAUGCGAUAUAUUUUUAACCAGCUACAAAAAAAAGAGGGAAAACAUUUGUGUGUCACUGCCAGGAUCUUUGUAUCGACCUGUUUUUAGUGGAGGAAAGGCUUAAGAACUCCUGCGAGCUCCGCUGCUACUGGAAAAGGUGUUGAUGUGGUUUCUUGUUAUUACAUUUAGAUGUUUGAAUGUCGUCGUCCACAGCUCAGAUUUUAGAAACUAUGAUAUUAUCGGUCUAACUCGACUUAUUAUUGAUUUGUAAAUCCAUUCAGUACUUUUGUAUAGCACUCAGAAUGAUGUCACAGGGCCGUACUGCUUUAGAUUGUCCCUUUUUUUUAAUUAAUGGAAGGUUAAUGUGUUUGUGUUUGAUUUAUUCUCCCCAUACACUGGGUAGCAAUGAAGCUAAUUCACAGGGUCUGUUUUGUUUUAGCUUUGAAGCCGACUAAAUUAAUGAUGUCUUGUGUGGAAAAAAUCAACCAAAGUGGUGUCCUAGUAGCUGUCCAAAUACGUAUUCAACAGGGGGGAAAUUAUUUCUAAGAUCCUGUAGUCAUGAAUGCCAUCCACAUAAACUAAAUCAAAUUUAGACUGGCGGAAUUUCAAUUUCUGGAUGGAUUUUUGCUCUAAUGCGUCAUUCAGUAAGACAUCCUGGUAGUGAGUAACCAACAGGACUAUGCCAAUGGGUUUUACUUACAACAUCAAUGGAUCUUUAGCCCAUUUGUUUUGCAGUUUUACCAAAGACCUAAACUGUUCUUUCUUUUUUGUACUACAUUUCAUUUUUUGUUUUAUUUCAGUUAGGAGACCUAAAUAGAUUUUUUUUUAAAAGUAAUCACCUAGUACCUUAAAUAGAUCAUGUUCAUCCAAAAUGCAUGGGUCCUUAAAACAUGUUUUUUUUUGUUUUGAUUUUUGUUCUCAGUAUACAUUCAUGGCGCAACACUGGCUAGCACAAGCCGCCUUCAAGUGAGGAUUCAGUGUCAGUUUAAUGUCGUGGAGGAAUGUCAAACGUGAUGACAUUUGUGCUUCUGAAGUGGCCAUAAAAACUGUUGUUUGUUGAUUCAGCUUAACGAAUAAUCCCAAUCACUUUGGAAGUUGAGGGAUAUGCAUUAUAUGCUGUUAUGAUAGGCCGACAGUGUAAGGUGCUUUCUUUCUCUCCGACUCUUUGUUUUCUAUCUCUUCAAAGCUGUGGUCCAAAUUUUUAGUUUUUGUAAAUUGACGGGACAGAUCAUGAUUGUGACAAACGUGAAUGGCAGAUACAGACAUAUUAUUUACUGAGUUCUUGUUACGAUCAUUUAUUGUUGGUCUCUCUUGUGGUCUACUCACCCCAAUUCUUUUAAAGGAAUGACAGAAACAUUCACUUGAUAAGCACAGCUUGCAUUUCUUAGAUUUGUUCAAUUUAACAGACCGAUUACUUUCAAGUACAUCUGUGCCUUUAAUAAUCGCAUAAUAUUGAUUGGUAUCAAGAGAAAAUGGCAGAAUAUGAGACAUAUUUGCUCUCAAAAUGCUUAAUUAGAUUCAAAAUUCCAGUGCCUUACAAUAUUUAGACCACUAUGUGAUUGCUAAAUGAUCCUCUAGGAUUCAGGCCACACGAGCUGAAGGAAAAAACGUCUGUAAUUGACAAAGAAUCGCCUAUCUCAGUCUGUAUUUGCCAUACGAUAAAAAACUAAAAUGCAGCAAUACUUCAACAUUUUGAUCUGAAUUAGUCAUUUGGCACCAAAAACUCAAUUUGUUUGUUAGAAAAGCACCAACGGCGAAUAAUCUUGUAAAUGAACUGUAAUAGAUGUAUCAUUCUGCUCUGCAUUGGAAUAGUUUAAUCUAUUUUGCAUUAUUGUUAGUUGUUGUGAUGUCUCUUUUUGUUUCUUAUAUUAUGAAAAAUGGAGCCUGAAGAUUUAUGCAAUCUUGUACAUGUAAAUGAUGUAUGGAGCUGUUCAAAUUAAGCAACAUGCUAGUACGACGUAAAUUAUCUGAAUGUGGAACCAGCUGUUCCAUACACUUUAGAAAAUGUCAUUUUAACAUUGAAGCCCUGAAAUAUUGAAUGUAUUGUUCUAAAUUAGAUAUUCCAUGAAUAGGUCACUGGAUAUUAUGGAGCGCAGUUAAUUCAUUCUGAUGUAGCAUCUAGUCGUGAACUGCUAUUCAAUAAAAUGUAUUAGAACUAAAAAAAAAAUAAAGGUUUUCAAGUUUCUAUUUCUCACAAUAACGGGGAAAUUUAAGGAAAGAAAUGUAUUUUUCUCAGAGGGAUUUCAUAAAGAAUGUGUUGAAUCUGAGGAAACUGCAGUUCUUGGAUUUAUUUACUUAACGACAGUGGGUUUAGAACUUAUUUAUAGAAUAAACAAUGUCCCUUAUUUUGUGACGAGCUGUAUGGAUAUGUAGGAAAUUCUGUACUGAUAAUCGUAGAAAUGAUGCUCUUGGUAUAUUGAUUUUUUUUUGUGUUGUGAACACAGAAAUAGGUGCAAGUCUUAGUAUACUAGAUCUUUCUUUUCUACAUUGAGGAUUGUGUACAGCAUAUGUUCUGUAGUGUAUUACUAGUUUGUUAACACUUGUUGAAUUGUUACACUACAGUUAUGCAAUGGUUUACAGAGUUCACAAAGUUAUUUUUAUCAUCUUGAAAAUUAAAAUAAUUUUUCAUCUGAAA